AAUUCCUCCACAAUUGAAAUUUUAAAUAUUCAUUUAAGCAUAAAAAAUGUGAAAGAAACGAGAGAAUAAUAAUGUUUUUACACAAAAGUUAAGAAUAGAAUAGAAUAGAAUGAAAAUAAGAUUUUCAUAGAAAGAGUGAAUGAGACUGAUAAAAAGGUAUGCAAUAGAAGAAAGGGAGAUGGGUAGAAUAUAAGGAAAUAAUAUAAGGUGGGGGAUGUCGAUGACCGUUAUGUAGUUUGUCCACGGAGUUCUGAACUUGUACCUCGCCACAUGGUUAUUUCAAGGUCUGACAAUCUCAAUGAAUCCUAGCUAACCGUUUGGUUUUGUGUCUCUCCUCUUAUAAUAAAGGUCACGGUCACUAUGUCAUAUUUUUAUCACAAGCAAAAGAAAUUCCUCUUAUUUGUCAUUUUAUCAAAAACUAAAAGUUGAGUGUUCACCGAAAAAAAAGAAAAAAAAAAAAAAAAAAUACUGUUCAAGUGUUGCAUAAAAAAAAGAAUUGUGUCUCUGUGAUAGUGUCUCUCAUAUUGGAUAUUUCCAGUCGAAAAAGGAUAAAGUGCAAAUUCAUCAUCAGUGGAGAGUGAAAAAUUGCUACAGUUAAUAUUGGAUAAGAAGUAGUCGUCGUCAUCAUGGGUAUCGAGGACGUUUUCUCGGGCGUCGUUAGUUCAGCGACUGGAAGUUUAUCAUGGUUUUUCCCCACAUUAGCAGCAGCAAUUGUCUACUUUCAAUAUGAAAUUAUGGAUCCCGAGUCACGACCUAUCGACAUUCCCUCGGAAUUAUUGUUACCAUCUUACGAUUUUAUUGUCGUUGGAUCUGGUUCAGCAGGUGCUGCAGUGGCUAGUCGUCUGUCAGAAGUGGAAAACUGGAAUAUUUUGCUAUUGGAAGCUGGAGGAGAUGAGACAGAAAUUUCUGAUGUUCCUUUGCUCGCAGGAUAUUUACAGCUCAGUCAAUUGGAUUGGAUGUAUAAAACCGAACCUCAAGGGGACGCUUGCUUAGCAAUGGAAAACAGUCGCUGCAACUGGCCACGUGGAAAAGUCAUCGGCGGAAGUAGCGUCCUCAACUACAUGCUCUACCUCCGAGGAAACAAGAAAGACUACGACCUCUGGGAGGAACAAGGCAAUCCAGGCUGGGGCUCAAAAGACGCGCUCUACUACUUCAAAAAAUCGGAGGACAAUUUAAAUCCAUAUUUAGCGCAAACCCCGUACCAUUCAACCGGAGGCUAUCUCACCGUACAAGAAGCCCCUUGGCACACUCCACUUGCGGCAGCUUUCGUUGAAGCCGGUCGCGACAUGGGCUACGACAAUCGUGACAUCAACGGCGAGAAGCAGACCGGCUUCAUGAUAGCUCAAGGUACCAUCAGAAGAGGAAGUCGUUGCUCCACAGCCAAAGCCUUCCUCCGUCCAGCUCGUCUCCGUAAAAACCUUCACAUCGCGAUGAAUUCUCUAGUGACCAAAGUUCUAAUCGAUCCCACCAGUAAACGUGCCUACGGAGUGGAAUUUGUCCGCGAGGAGAAGAUCUACCGAAUUCGAGCUAAAAAGGAAGUAAUCCUCUCAGGUGGUGCAAUUAAUUCACCACAAUUAUUAAUGCUCUCCGGAAUUGGUCCCCAGGAGGAUCUCACUAGACUCGGUAUUCCAGUACUUCAAAAUCUCCGUGUUGGACACAAUCUCCAGGAUCACGUUGGUCUUGGCGGUUUGACAUUCAUGGUGAAUCAGGAGGUAUCAAUGGUGGAGAAUAGACUCCACAAUGCUCAGUCGGUAUUGCAGUACGCGAUAUUUGGCACUGGACCUCUAACAGUUCUGGGCGGUGUCGAGGGUCUUGCGUUCGUCAACACCAAGUACGCGAAUGCAACCGACGAUUUUCCUGACAUUGAAUUGCACUUCAUAUCGGGUUCGACAAAUUCCGACGGUGGAAAACAGAUACGAAAGGUUCAUGGACUGACGAGAAAAUUCUACGAUUCCGUUUUUGGGAAAUUGAACAAUAAGGACGCUUGGAGUGUUAUUCCAAUGUUGCUGCGACCGAAGAGCAAGGGAUUUAUUAAACUGAGGAGUAAAAAUCCCUACGAUCAUCCGAUGAUUUAUCCGAAUUACUUCAAGGAACCGGAGGAUUUGGCAACGCUAGUGGAGGGUGUUAAGAUUGCGGUGGCUCUCAGUAGGACUGCAUCGUUUAGAAAGUAUGGAAGUGAAUUGAAUCCGGCACCGUUUCCUGGGUGCUCGCAUAUUCCCCUGUACACGGAUCCAUAUUGGGAGUGUAUGAUAAGGCAUUAUUCGGCAACGAUUUAUCAUCCGGUGGGCACUUGUAAAAUGGGUCCAUACUGGGAUGCGGAAGCUGUGGUUGAUCCUCAAUUGAAGGUUUAUGGAGUGACUGGUCUGAGGGUUAUUGACGCCUCGAUUAUGCCAAAUCAGAUUAGUGGCAAUACGAAUGCCCCGACAAUAAUGGUUGGGGAAAAGGGUGCUGAUAUGGUCAAGCAAUAUUGGUUGCAAAAGAGGACGAAUAGAGGUUGAAGGAAGUUAAUUCCCACACUGAGGGAAUCAUGGGACUUCGGACUAUGCAAAAAAGUUUUAAUUGUGAUUUUCAUGCUACCUUCGGAAUCUUUGCUAUCUUUUUCGGUAAGUUGGCGACAUUCCUUGUAGGAGCAAUCUUGGGCUAUGAAGCUACAGCUGUUUUUUGUUUGGGUGAUCUAACGAUCACCCAAACAAAAAACAGCUGUAGCUUCAUUAGCAGAAAAACAGAGUAACGUUUAGCAUAACGUCUAAAGUCCCGGCACUUCUCUCAGUGUACAAAAGUCUGUAAAUUCUCAUCCCAGUUUAAUUAAUUUAAGGUUCCUGAAGGUGGCAUCGACGCCGAACGUCAAAAAACACUUUUUUUUCACAAAACCGAAAAGAGUCAGACAAUUUUUCCAAAAUUUGUAGGUCCUAAACGCUUUUUAAUUAUCAUAUUGAAUAAAAGAAAUAAAAUUAGUGACACUUGUAACACUAAAAAAGAAUAAAAAAACAAAUUUAAUGUUCUUUGUUGGCAAUUUUGUUGAUGUUGGCAAUGACGCCAACUUUGGGGACUUUUAAUUUAUAGCCACUUAAAAAGAAUAUUCAAAUUAUUCGUGAUUAGAAGAAGAAAAUUUCUCCCAGUAAUUAAGAAUGUUUCUUUUUACAAAUUAAUUUUAUUAUUUAUUGCGCAACCAGUGAAACUACAUAUGUAUUAAAUAUCAUAAGAAUGUGUGUGUGUAAUUUAUAAAAAUCUCAUAGCGCAUAUAUGUGAAUAGACUAUUUUUAUUUCUCUGAAAUACUAAAUGGAACUCAUUAAUUGUAUAUAGAUUUAAAUUUAU